GCGACCUGCCCUGCAACGUGUGGCCUCUGCAGGGUGGCCAGCCCCAGCAGCUCCCAGGCGGCUAAGGUGCUGAUGGACAGGAGCUCCAGGGGCUCCCGGGACGCAGAUGAUCAACAGUCCUUGGACAGGGCUCUGGCGGCGAAAGGGCCCGACCCAACGCCGAGGCCGACGCCGUGGCCGACGCCGUGGCCGACGCGGGCCCGACCCAACGCCGAGGCCGACGCCGUGGCCGACGCCGUGGCCGACGCGGUGGCCGACGCCGAGGCCGACACCGUGGCCGACGCCGUGGCCGACGCGGUACCCGACGCCGUACCCGACGCCGAG